GCCCUCGGGAAGGACCUGCAGUCUGUCAAACCGGUGGGUGGGGCGCGCGCUAGGCCCCGCCCAUGACGCCACGGCCCCGCCCCCGAAGCUCCGGAGCCUCUCGCGCGGUCCCCACAGCUCGUUCUCGCUGCUCCACAACGCCAUGGCGUUCGUGACCAGGCAAUUCGUGCGCAGCAUGUCCUCCUCCUCCUCCGCGUCCGCGGCCGCCAAGAAGAUCCUGAUCAAGCAUGUGACAGUCAUCGGCGGUGGGCUGAUGGGCGCGGGCAUCGCGCAGGUGGCUGCAGCAACUGGCCAUACGGUAGUAUUGGUGGACCAAACAGAGGACAUCCUGGCAAAAUCCAAGAAGGGAAUUGAGGACAGCCUGAGGAGGAUGGCAAAGAAGAAGUUCACAGAAAACCCUAAGGCGGGUGAUGAGUUUGUGGCGAAGACCCUGAGCUGCCUCUCUACCAGCACUGACGCAGCAUCCGUGGUGCAUAGCACAGACUUGGUGGUGGAGGCCAUCGUGGAGAAUCUCAAGGUGAAGAAUGAGCUUUUCCAGCGGCUGGACAAGUUUGCUGCAGAAUCAUUAAAACACCGAUGACUAGCCAGAAGACGUUCGAGUCCCUGGUCGACUUUUGUAAAACCUUAGGAAAGCACCCUGUUUCUUGCAAGGACACUCCUGGAUUUAUCGUGAACCGUCUCUUGGUGCCAUAUCUCAUAGAGGCCAUCAGGCUACACGAGCGAGGCGAUGCAUCUAAAGAGGAUAUUGAUACUGCCAUGAAGUUGGGAGCUGGGUACCCGAUGGGUCCAUUUGAGCUUCUUGACUACGUUGGGCUGGAUACUACAAAGUUCAUCUUGGAUGGGUGGCAUGAAAUGGACCCAGAGAACCCCCUCUUUCAGCCCAGUCCUUCCAUGAAUAAUCUGGUGGCCCAGAAGAAGUUGGGCAAGAAGACAGGAGAAGGAUUUUACAAAUACAAGUGAUGCUUCAAGAGUCUAUGGGGAAUAUCCCAGCCAGCCAUGGGACAAGGAUGAGCGCACCCUGGGUGGUGCUUGCAAGGCUUGCUGCAGUCUGCUCAGUGGGCCCUCCUUUGCAAGUCUGUCUGAAGUAAUCAUUUGACUAGUUGCAGUAAUAAGAUUCCUCCACUGAGAUCUGAUUCUCUGCUUUUGUCUGUUCGCUUCUGUGUGUUUUUCUGUGCCUUAGGGCAAGCAUCUUUUUUUCCUGAACCUUGUUGGUUUUUAUAAAAGCAUUACUUAGAAAUGAGUAUGCCAUGUUGCUUGGUAUUGAACCCUGGGGGUAGGAACCAUCGUGCCUACAGGUGCAUCUAAGGGCAGCAACCAGCAUCUGAGGCCUUGCCUACCUGGGAACAUUUGCAGCCUGCAGCCUCAAGCCUUAGCCUACAUUCUGGGCUACAUCAGAAAAGGCUCUGCCUUUGUUUACUUCUCAUCAGGACAGGGCUCCUGGAGUGGUGGUUGAGUACCUGUGAGCUUGGUUUCUGGGGAAAGGCCCAUCUUUGUGGCCAUUCAAAUCUUAACCAUCACUGUCCAAUUCUCUUUUUUUUUUUUUCCAUGAGAAAUCAGUGAUACCAAGUGCCUAUGAAUUGACUCUACUAAAAUGCAAUCUUUUACUCUGUAAAAAUUGGAACAUAAAUAAAUUUACAUAACAUAAAA